ACAGUACUGCACCGCCAUUGAGGGACCCACAAUCAGGAGGAAAGGGUCAGAGAGGCAUUUCGACAGGCACAAGCUGCACGUUUUCUUCGGUCUUCAGCCAGAACUUUGCCUUGUACUAACCUUUUUAACACUUGACACGCACUCUUGCCUCGGUUAUUUGGAUGAUUUCGAUUGACAGCGGCUUAUCGUCACAACUAAGGGACGUUUUUUAUCUUAUUCUAGAAGUAACGGGAAGCCGAGAAGCUCGGCUAGCAGCAGCUAUAACGAGACUAGAGCAGGCAAGCUAACGCUAGCUAGCGACCUGGCUAGCUGCACACGAGCUGAGCGCUGCUCGGUGGUGGGGCGGGGGGGCGGAUUGCCUACAGAGUUGGUUGAUGGAUCCGAGAAUCGCCUGGUUUCAGCCAGAACAAUUUGGACCCGCUCACAACCUGUGGAUGCAGAUUUGGGAGACGACACAAGGGCUCGGGUACUUGCACGUAAAUAACAUCCACGCCGCUGGUUCUGCGAACACAUCGAGCCUGAAGGCGAGCAUCAACGGGGCGUCGGGAGCCGUCCUCGCCAGCGGAAACGGGGCAGUCGACUCAAACGUAGGUAAAGGCGAAGUCAGGACUCGGGGGAUGUCGACCUCGGUGGGAGACGGAGACAUAACCGAACAGCGGGACUUUAUACCACUGGAAACCAAUAGCAACCACAACAACCGUGCCCCUGGCAGGGGCGGUGUCAGCGGAGGGGGGCAGCAGGGCAGCGGGGUCGCCGUGCUUCGGAGGGGGCCGUCGGACGGACACCCCAACAAAAGGAAAAGGGACAACAAAGCUAGCACUUUCGGAUUUAAUUCCAGCCUCUUGAACAGUAGUAGUGUCUCCAACACGGGAAGCUGUGAUGAUUUCACGGGCACGCCGUGGAAAGUGAGGAACUACUCGGAGGGGAUUAUAGGGUUACACGAGGAGAUCACUGACUUCUAUAAUUACAUCUCGCCACGUCCAGAGGAGGCAAAGAUGAGGCUGGAGGUGGUGGACAGAAUCAAGGGAGUCAUCUAUGACCUAUGGCCCAGUGCUGAGGUUCAGGUGUUUGGGAGCUUCAGCACAGAUCUCUACCUACCAACCAGUGACAUUGACUUGGUGGUCUUUGGAAAAUGGGAGACCCUCCCUCUAUGGACGCUGGAGGAGGCUCUCCGUAAGAGAAACGUUGCGGAUGAAAACUCAAUCAAGGUUCUGGACAAAGCGACGGUUCCCAUCAUCAAACUGACUGACUCCUUCACAGAAGUUAAAGUUGACAUCAGCUUCAAUGUGAAGAGUGGUGUUAAAGCUGCUCGGCUCAUCAAGGAUUUCAAAGAAAAAUAUCCUGUGCUGCCUUAUCUGGUCCUGGUGCUGAAGCAGUUCCUGCUGCAGAGAGACCUCAAUGAGGUGUUUACUGGUGGAAUUGGUUCCUACAGUUUGUUUCUCAUGGCUGUCAGCUUCCUGCAGCUUCACUAUAGGGAGGAUGUGAGCAGUCCCAACAUCAACUUUGGUGUUCUUCUCAUUGAAUUCUUUGAACUCUACGGACGCCACUUCAACUACCUGAAGACUGGUAUCAGGAUAAAAGACGGCGGUUGCUACGUUGCCAAAGACGAGCUUCAGAAGAACAUGAUGGACGGUUACAGGCCCUCUAUGCUCUACAUUGAAGACCCACUACAGCCAGACAACGAUGUUGGGCGGAGCUCGUAUGGUGCCAUGCAGGUGAAGCAGGCAUUCGACUACGCCUAUGUGGUUCUCAGCCACGCUGUGUCACCCAUCGCCAAGUACUACCCCAAUAAUGAGAGUGAGAGCAUACUCGGCAGAAUAAUCCGAGUGACUCAGGAAGUGGAUGAAUACAGGCAGUGGAUCCAAAAGAACUGGGGGAGCCCAUCUCAGAAUGAUCUGCCACUAAACAGAAACAAUGUUGCACUGUUUGAGACCCAGAAGCUUGAUGAGUGCAACAAUAAUGUUCCAGAUGAUGAUGAUGACGAUGAUGAUGAUGAUGAUGAUGAGGUGGUCGUAGUCCUACCACCGGCUCCCCACAGCAAGACCUCCUCCAACUCCUCCUCUCCAUCCCCUUCGCUGUGCUCCUCUCCCUCCUCGUCUCCGCUGUCGCCUUCCUCCACGUCCUCCAGCUCCAGCGACGCAGACUCUGAUGGCACACCGUGUAAGACAGCAAAGCAACAGUCUGGCCCGGGGACCAGCGACCACAGAGAAAAGUUGACCGGUGUGACUAAUCACCGAAAACAGACCCAUAGUACCAGCACUCCAUCUAGCAGAAACACAGGAGGAAAGGCCAGAAUGCCUCGUAACCACACUAAGAGUGGCCACCAGGGGCAGCAGAGCUCCUCCUCCAACACCAAAAGUCAUCCAAACAACAAGCCCUCCCACCAGGGCAACAGCAAGAGGAGGAAAAACGUGCGUGACUCCACACAAGAGGACCUCUGCAGAUAGGGGUGACCUCGCCUGCCCCCUUCCCCCAUCCUUGUCUACAACUGACUGACUGUCAAGUCCCACUUCUGCUGCCUGUGUCGGAAGGUUGUUAGAAAUAUCAAAACAUCUACAUCUUCUGUCAUUGCGGAAAGCUUUUCAGGAUGAAGAGCUACAAUUUCUAUCAGAAAAAAAUGAACAAAAAAAGUCAACAAUUGUUAUAGGAAAUGGGGUUUAAUUUUUUUUCUUUUUUUGGACCUGAACUGCUUCUGAACAACUUCUUUUAUAGUGCAGUGUUGCUUCCCAGCGCCAUCAUCUACACGACAUGUCUCCUGCCAUUCAGGAGUACACAGGCCAGAUGUCUGGGAGAUACCCUGGAGCAAUAGCCGGAAGCUGCUGGCUGGAAAAUAGAAUCAAAAAUUUUAUCGAAAACACAAAACAAAACAAAAAAAAGCAAAUGGCUCAAAAUGUACAAAAACAAAAAUGUUGAACAGAUGUACAAUGAUUUUUCUUUUUGAUGUUAACUUACAAAUGCAAUCAGUAAGAGUGGGACAUAACUUAUGCAUGAGGUUUGUCUUUUUGAUUUUCGUGUUGGUUUAAUCUGUUUUAUGUCUGGACAGGUUAUACAAAGAUUUGUACAAAAAACGCUUUAGAAAAAGUUAAAAAUACGAGGACGAAGAAAUUGUUUCAUAUGACCUUUUUAUGAGAUCAAAGUCAUGUAAACGUUCACUCGUGCCCCCAGCUAUAAGGCCAGAGCAUAGUGCUGGUCUGGGUCCCAUUGCCAACAUAAAUCAUCAGCAUCUACUUUUCCUCCUGAUUGCUCUCUGUGAGUGUGCCACAGUGUUAAUAUUUAGCGCCUUGAGUGAGCCAAUGCUCGCAGAUGACCGGGUGGAGUUUUGCUCUCCCAACUGAAUAGCACAGCCACAACAGUCUAAAGCCUUUGAGAAUACAGGUUUAAAUUAAUAAUUUUAUUGAUAAAUCCUACACUUGAAAAAUGUACAACUGUUCCUUUGGCAAAUUGCAUACUACAAAAUCAUUUGUAUGUGUUAAAUGUAUUUAUUUUUUUAUUAAUUAUAUGGACAUAAGGAUACAUGUAUAAUUAACAGAGCCCAUAUAUUGAGUCUUAUAUCUGACACGGGGCAAUAUGUGGGGAAGCUGGGUGGGGCAGGCAUUACAGGUACGGUAAAAUAUCACCAUUACUAUUUAAUUGGAUUGUUUUCUUUUCAGUGACAGUUGUGUGACCAAGUUACUUUGCUUGAGACCAUUUUAUAAGUAUACGGUAUUAAUCUUGUUUUAAUAUGUGGCUGGUCUACCUAGUUUAAAAAGGGAGCGGAUAAUUAUUUUUUCCAUUUUAUAAACUAUCAUAGCAAAAAAAAAAACGUCAAUACCCCUCUGUCACUGCAGUACCACAACUAACCUGUAGAUGGAGCCGUUGCUCUAAGUCUCAGUCUGCACAGCUUGGCCUUGUAUACUGCAUUUGGACGGUUUAUCCUUCUGUCUUUUCUGUGAUUUGAUAUGGACAUCUGCACGUGGAAAACCUGUUCAGACGACUACUUGCUGCAGGAAGUAACACAAGGAAGCACAGUGCAAUAUGCUGAUUAUCUUUUUCAACUGUAUUUGGAGCCCAACUGUAAAGUAAAACCAGUAGCCAGCAAUAACGAGCACCUUCAUUUAUACGUCACGCCUGUACGGCGAUUACUGCGGCUGCAGGGAGUCCUGACACACACCUGGUCCACGCACCAUGCACUUGGUGCUCGGAAAGUACGGUUCCGUUGCCCUCCAGCCUACGGUUGUGUUUGAAAUGCAGUAUAUAAGCGCUGGUCACGUGUUAGACCGACGAGGAGGAAAGGUGACCCAAGUCAGCCGUGCCAUCAGCCAUUUCAGCCACUGACCAUCUUCCCUCACUGCAGGAGGCUUUAAGUGCAACUGUACUCAUGUGAAGCGUUGUUUUCUGCAGCUGGAGGCCACAAAACCAUACAAUAAAAAAAAAAACACGUGCUGGAA